AUGGUGGAGCCAGCGACGAAGUUCAAAAAGCUCUUGAAGCUGUUGCGUAUAGAGCUUCUCCGCAGUAUUCGGCGCCCUGCUGGGAUUUUGGCCGUCGUGGGUGCGGUCGGGCUGAUCACUCUGAAGGUCUUGAGGCACAUCUUGGCGGUUGCACCUGCCGGACAUAUCAAUGCAGGCGUACCAAAGGCUGGAAGGACCUAUUUUUUCUCCGUUGGCGACUUCGGUGUUGCGGCGUGCGAAACAGCUUUCAAGGAGAAUCAGCUGGAAAGCGGUGGUGGCAUUGGCCACUAUUCGUGCUCUGCAGACAACCAGAAGCGCGUGGCCGCAGCCAUGGAGCACCUGGCCAAGGGCCUGCAGCCAAAGUUCAUCCUCUCUCUUGGAGACAAUUUCUACAUACGAGGGGUAAAAGACUCCGAAGAUCCUCAAUUCGAGGAGUCUUUCGAGAAGAUCUACAGCUAUGGUCAUCUGAAAGAGAUUCCAUGGCAGAUCACCCUCGGAGACCAUGAUCAUCGAGGCAACAUUUCUGCACUGUUGCUGCGGCCGCAGCGCAAUCCUCGAUGGCGGCUGCCAUUUCCGUACUAUACCUUCGAACUACCUGCAGGGAACAGACAGGUGAGGUUCCUCAUACUGGAUUCCGUUGGCCUCGAGGGCGGCAUGCUCGCGCACACCCAGAAGGGGCGGCGCUUUGAGCAGGACCUUUCAGAAGAUUUUGCGGGAAGGAAGGCUGGAGAGGCACAAUGGGAAUGGCUUUCUCGAACCCUGGCCGAGGACGAGUCGGACGACGAGGCAUCGUUGCAGGUCGUCGUGGGGCAUCGGCCCAUCCGAAGUCUGGCCGACCGCGGGAAGUACGGCUCGGCGCCGCCCGAAGCUGCGGUGGCAGAGGCUCUGAAGGCGGCGCUGCUCAAGGCAUCGAAGCCGGUGGCUUACCUGCAUGGUCAUGAUCAUGUGAUGCAGCACUUCCGCGAGAGCGGACAGGAGGUUCACCACCUCGGAAACGGAGUGGGGGGCAUGGGCUUGCAUCCCCUGAAGAACUGCUCCAAUUGCAGCGAGUUCCAGUGGGGCACUUCUGCACAUGGUUUUGCCGUACAUGAGCUUGCCAAGAAUUUCUUGGCGACCCACUUUGUGGAUGCCAUAACUCGGCAAGUUCUGCACACUGUAACCAUUCCCUUCUGA